UUACCUUCUGAAGUGGGGGAUAUUUGAGUGCUGGUGUGGAUGGAUUUAUGCCGACGUUUUGUAGUACGUAAGAAAGAACAAAUGUGACGAACAAAGAGAUAAAGCUGUUUCGGUCUUGUGGUUUAAAUUUGAGCAUGUUUUAAACUUGCCGUUAACAAUGGCGAUGCAUAAGCGAGGUAGAACCAACCAGAUUGAUGCGGUUGCGAGCGAAAGGUGAACGCUUUCAAAUAUUUCAUGUCAUUUUGAUAGAUUAUAAUUUCUCAAUCAAUGGCUGAUCAUGCAACACACAUUUUCAUUGGAGAGCCUUGCUUCUGUAUUCAAGUAAAACUGAGAUUGCAUGUGCGGAAAAUUAGCAAUCGCAAUUCAAGGCGACUCAAGUUUCUUUCUGUGGCGUACAUGUGAUCCAACGACACGGUAUGGUACUCUAUGCAUUGAAUUAUAUCAGUAGACUGAUUUUGAUUCUAGUUCAUUCUGACUGAGCUCAGAUUUCACUACAGUGGUCCUGUUUACCACAUCUAUUCCGUUCUGUUUAUCCGGACCGAAUCAAAGCGAGAGGUGUUUCUACGACAAGGGCGAAUUUUGAGAAUUGAUUGGUUCUAUCGAGCUGUUAGUGGGAGUUUUUUUUGUAACGGAAAGUGCUCUGCAGUGUUGAGUGAGUCUUUUGUUGAGAAGGGUCUCUCUCUCUCUCUCUCUCUCCGAGUGAGUCAUGCAUGUUUAGGGAUCUGCCAGGAUGCAGGGGAAGAGAGAGACAUCUAUUUACUAGAGCUCCGUCUCUCUCUCUUUCCCAUCUCUGCCUCUUUUUCUCUGUAGAGGAGCGACCUCGCGCUGCUUUUCUCUCUCGUUGUCCUCUGUCUCCAUGGAUUCCGCAUUUUGUGGUUUAUUUUUGGUCCUCGAGCUGCUGCGGCCAAUGCCGCACGGCGUUGGAUUUUCCUGACGGCCGCUCGCUCUCUUUCUUUGAACCCUCGAGGAAGCUUUCUCAGCUCCAGCAUGCUAAAGAUGUGGACAGUCAGCUGGGAGUUCGAUGUGUCCGUUCGCGUGUAGGCUGGCACACCGAGGGGAAUGCUUCACCGUGCUAAAUACAACCGAUUCCGGAAUGAGUCAGUGACGUCCGUCGAUGAGCUCCUGCACGGUCUCUCCAUGAACGCCAAGGUCUCGGCCGUCCCGCCGUCGCCGCCCGUGGGCGACCCUCCGUACGCCCCACCAGCCGAGGUCUUGCCGCCUGACCCCGCCGAGGAGUCCGGCACAUUGUGCACCCUCAUCAGCAAAGUCUCCAACCUCAAAUUUGCCAACUCCUCCGGACUGCUAGGCAUCAAGGGCCUGCCGUCUGCAGUCAAGGACCUGGCCGUGUCCAAGCUCCAGGGAGGAGCAACAGGAGGCGUUUCCGGCAGCACGGGCUCGUCUGCCCUCUCUGCGACCUCUGGAGCACCUCACGCCCCGCUGGAGCCCGGUUCGGCCAGCUCGGGGAAGAAAGGCAGGAUGGAUGAAUCUCAGCCUGGCGGAGAGGGCUUGGUCCUGGGAGGGACGGGUACCGCGGGCUGCGGCGGGCUGGUGAAUAAUCCUUCUCGUGGAUGGCUGCACUCCAGCGAAAAGAUUUCCGGACCUGGAGUGACGUAUGUCGUUAAGUAUUUGGGCUGCAUUGAAGUUCUCCGGUCCAUGAGAUCCCUGGACUUCACCACACGAUCACAAAUCACACGGGAGGCGAUCAGUCUGGUGUGUGAAUCUGUCCCUGGUGCCAAAGGAGCUCUGCGCAAGAGAAAGCCUCCCUCCAAACUCCUCUCCAGUAUUCUGGGCAAGAGUAACCUACAGUUUGCUGGGAUGAGUAUCAACCUCAACAUCUCCACCAGCAGUUUGAACCUGAUGACACCCGACUCCAAACAGAUAAUCGCCAAUCAUCACAUGCAGUCCAUAUCCUUUGCCUCCGGAGGAGAUCCUGACACCACUGAUUACGUCGCUUAUGUGGCAAAAGAUCCUGUUAACCGGAGAGCCUGUCAUAUUGUGGAGUGCUCUGACGGUCUGGCUCAGGAUGUGAUCAGUACGAUCGGUCAGGCGUUUGACCUGCGCUUUCAGAUCUAUCUGCAGUGUCCGUCCAGCAAACCCUCGUCCAUGCACGACAGGGGUAUGAGUACUGACGAGCCCCCAUGGACGGAGGAAGGAGAGGAGUCGGCCGAUCAUCACUACUACAACAGCAUUCCCGGAAAGAUGCCGCCACCAGGAGGAUUCAUUGACACUAGAUUGACCAAUCAGACGCAAGACGGCAGCCAGGCGGCUGGAGUCGACCAGACGUACUACCAGGGCCGACCCAUGUUCAUCCAACAAGGCUCCUGUGACAUUUACAGUCUCCCUGAGGUCAAAGGUCAAGCCCCGAAGGCAGGAGAAGUGCCCACGUAUGUGAACACACAGCACAUUGACACGCAGGUGCUAGCCGCCCUCCAGGGAGAGUCAGAGACGCUGUCUGAUUCAGGCACGGGCGGGACAGCUAAAGACAGCCCGAGGAAGGACCUCUUUGACAUGAAGCCGUUUGAGGAUGCCAUCAUGACCCAGACUCCAGCAUCAGAGCUGUAUAAAGCGGCGUCUGUGGAUAACUCCAGUCCUCUGCUGAUGCGCGCGGCCGCUCUGAGAGCUCAGGAGGAGCUGGAGGACCAGAUGUGGUACCACGGAGAGAUGAGCCGCCGCCAGGCCGAGAAACUGCUGCUCCAUGACGGAGACUUCCUGGUGCGGAAGAGCACCACAAACCCGGGCUCAUACGUGCUGACAGGGAUGCACCACGGCCUGGCCAAACACCUGCUGCUGGUCGAUCCGGAGGGAACGGUCCGGACGAAAGAUCACAUAUUCGAGAGCAUAAGCCACCUGAUUGGUCAUCAUCGUGACAACAACCUGCCGAUCGUGUCGGCGGGAAGCGAACUGUGUUUGAAGCAGCCGGUGGACAGAAAACAGUGACGACAGCUG